AUGGCUGACCAAAGCGCCGCAGAUCCUGGAAAUAACAACAAUAUUAAACCCGAGGCUUCAGAAGGAACUAUCAUUAAGGUUACAGUGAAAACACCAAAAGAUAAAGAAGAAAUCGCCAUCGCCGAUGAUGCCUCUGUCACACAGUUUAAAGAAGAGAUCUCAAAGCGGUUCAAAGCCAAGCAGGAUCAGUUGGUCCUGAUUUUUGCAGGGAAGAUCCUGAAGGAUGGUGACACUCUUAGCCAACAUGGUAUCAAGGACGGCCUAACUGUUCAUUUAGUUAUAAAAACGGUCAAUAAAUCUGGAGAAAGUAGUACACCAGCUUCAAGCUCCUCUAACACCUCAGCAGGCACCACCUCCACCACCAGUCCAGGAACAAACCCCUCUCCGGCAACAGGAUCUUCAGGCUCUGCCCCUCCACCAACACAGACCCCCAGCAUACUGACUGGCUUUGGAGAUCUUUCUAAUUUGGCUGGGCUGGGAAUGGGUUCGGCUAAUUUCAUGGAACUGCAACAGCAAAUGCAGAGGCAACUGAUGUCCAACCCAGAAAUGUUAUCACAGAUCAUGGAGAACCCCCUGGUUCAAAAUAUGAUGUCCAACCCAGAUCUCAUGAGACAGAUGAUCAUGGCCAACCCACAGAUGCAGCAGCUGAUGGAACGCAACCCAGAGAUUUCACACAUGCUCAACAACCCGGAGCUCAUGAGACAGACUAUGGAGUUGGCCAGAAAUCCAGCCAUGAUGCAGGAAAUGAUGCGGAACCAGGAUAGAGCUCUUAGUAACUUGGAGAGCAUCCCCGGUGGUUAUAAUGCGCUGCGCAGGAUGUACACAGACAUUCAAGAGCCCAUGAUCAGUGCAGCUAGGGAACAGUUUGGGAAUAACCCAUUUUCAGCUCUAAGUGGAGGAUCUGAAUUUGGAGUUCAGCCAUCAAGAACAGAGAACCGCGAGCCACUGCCCAACCCUUGGGGGCCACCAAACACAUCGACCACAACAGAGAGUGGCACUUCCACAGCAACUUCAAGCUCAACUGGCACCAACCCCUCUGUGUCCAACCCUCUGGGAAUCAACGCCUCAAGUCUCGGCAAUGGAAUGUUUAACAGCCCAGGGAUGCAGAGUUUACUGCAGCAGAUCUCUGAGAAUCCGCAACUGAUGCAAAACAUGAUGUCUGCUCCCUACAUGCGCUCCCUGAUGAGCUCUCUGUCUCAAAACCCAGAUGUGGCCUCUCAGGUAUUGAUGAAUAACCCUUUGUUUGCUGGAAACCCGCAGCUGCAGGAACAGCUGAGAGCUCAGCUGCCAAUCUUUCUUCAACAGAUGCAGAAUCCUGAAGCUUUAUCAGUGAUGACUAAUCCCCGGGCCAUGCAGGCCUUAAUGCAGAUCCAGCAGGGUCUGCAAACGCUUCAAACAGAGGCCCCUGGACUCAUGCCCAGUUUGAUGACUGGUGGCAUUCCUGGUGUUCCGUCUGGCGUCCCUCCAGGAGCCCCGUCUAGCGUCCCGUCUAGCGUCCCUCCGGGUGUCCCUCCGGGUGUCCCUCCGGGUGUCCCUCCGGGUGUCCCUCCAGUCCCAUCAGGGGGAAGUGGCAUUACCACAGAAAACCCAGCCUCUUCUCCCACUAGCACAGGACCGAGCAGUGCCCAACAGCAACUGAUGCAACAGAUGCUCCAGAUGUUUGCAGGAGGCGUUGGAGGCGCAAACCCAAUGAGUGUGACCCCAGAUGUUCGGUACCAGUCCCAACUGGACCAGUUAAGUGCUAUGGGAUUCAUCGAUCGUGAGGCCAAUCUGCAGGCCCUUAUUGCUACUGGUGGAGAUGUCAAUGCCGCUAUCGAGAGACUGCUGGGCUCAUAG